AUGUAUCCCAAUGUCAUCGUUCCAUUCAACGGAAAAUUAGAUUGGAAAUGUAAACGUCUCGAUAGCUACUCACAACUUCAGUCUUCGAAUUUGGCUUGGGAGACAAAUUUGAAGACAGGAGCAUCGGCAGUUAACAUACAAGUGUAUAUCAAAAACAAAGCAAUGACUCUGGAUAAUCUUGACAAAGUUCUAUUAGUGAUUGAUGACUGUGGAUUUGAUGAUUUUGGAGAAAAUGUAGUUUUAUGCAGACCCAUUUCUAAUGGGGGAUCUCGUGCUACAUUCAAGGAAUCUGUAAGAGUUGCUGAAACAUGCUAUCACUACAUCAGACAGAUGACCAAAAGAGCUGAAAUAGCUGGUUACGGUAAAGGAAUUGCAGCAAAUAUUCUUCUUGCCACGGCUGUCAAACUUCAUGACGAAUAUUGCUACUCGUUUUCAGUUAUUUUUGUUGAAGAAUCUAUCAUCGAUAUCAAAAAAGAAUUUGAAGAAAGUCACUGGAUUGGAACUGAAUUCAUGAUUUCUUGGUUCCGUAAGAAGAUGAUGGCAGAGACUUACCAACAAUACGGUCUUCAUAAAGCAGAAUUCGGGGAAAACAUCAAAAAACUGUAA